UGGUUCCGCGCCGCAGGGCGGCCCCGGUGCGGGCCCAGCUCGCUCUUUCUCCCCGCUUCCGCCUUCGCUGGGACGGGAGCGCCCUGCCCUGGCGCUGCCGCGGUCUCGGCCUGCGGCCUCCGCGGCCUGGCUCCUCUGAAAGCUGCUCGUACCUGCGGCCGGGCACUGCGUCUCCGGAGCCUGCGGCCUCGGCCCACGUGCGCCCGGCCUCGGGGAGGAGGCGUCGGUGCCUCGGCAGCCUCGCCAGGCCCAGCGCGGCGCGCGGGGAGGCUGGGCAGCCCUGCGCUCCGUAUGCUGUGGCGGGUGGCGGCCGCCGCGGCCCGCUGGGCCAGGCCUCAAGGGAUAGGCUCCCCCAGUGUUUAUCAUGCGGUUAUUGUCAUCUUUUUGGAGUUUUUCGCUUGGGGACUACUGACAGCACCCACGUUGGUGGUAUUGCAUGAAACCUUCCCUAAACAUACAUUUCUGAUGAAUGGCCUGAUUCAGGGAGUGAAGGGUUUGCUGUCAUUCCUCAGUGCCCCACUUAUUGGUGCUCUUUCUGAUGUUUGGGGCCGGAAGUCCUUCUUGCUGCUAACAGUGUUUUUCACGUGUGCCCCGAUUCCUUUAAUGAAGAUUAGCCCAUGGUGGUACUUUGCUGUUAUCUCUGUUUCUGGGGUUUUUGCAGUAACAUUCUCUGUGGUAUUUGCCUAUGUAGCAGAUAUAACUCAAGAGCAUGAAAGAAGUAUGGCUUACGGACUGGUCUCCGCCACGUUCGCUGCCAGCCUAGUGACUAGCCCUGCAAUUGGAGCUUAUCUUGGACGAGUGUAUGGGGACAGCCUAGUGGUGGUCCUUGCUACCGCAAUAGCUCUGCUAGACAUCUGUUUUAUCCUUGUUGCUGUGCCAGAGUCCUUGCCUGAGAAGAUGCGGCCAGCGUCGUGGGGCGCGCCCAUUUCCUGGGAGCAGGCCGACCCCUUUGCAUCUUUAAAAAAAGUGGGCCAAGACUCCAUAGUGCUGCUGAUCUGCAUCACGGUGUUCCUCUCCUACCUGCCGGAAGCAGGCCAGUACUCCAGCUUCUUCCUGUACCUCAGACAGAUAAUGAAAUUUUCCCCAGAAAGUGUGGCAGCUUUUAUAGCAGUUCUUGGCAUUCUGUCCAUUAUUGCACAGACCAUAGUCUUGAGUUUACUCAUGAGGUCAAUUGGAAAUAAGAACACCAUCUUACUGGGUCUGGGAUUUCAGAUAUUGCAGCUGGCAUGGUACGGCUUUGGUUCAGAACCUUGGAUGAUGUGGGCUGCUGGGGCAGUGGCAGCCAUGUCUAGCAUCACCUUUCCAGCUGUCAGUGCCCUUGUUUCUCGGACCGCUGACGCGGACCAACAGGGUGUUGUUCAAGGAAUGAUAACAGGAAUCCGAGGAUUGUGCAAUGGUCUGGGACCAGCCCUUUACGGGUUCAUUUUCUACAUAUUCCAUGUGGAACUUAAAGAACUGCCAAUCACAGGAACAGACCUGGGGACAAACACCAGCCCUCAGCACCACUUUGAACAGAACUCCAUCAUCCCUGGCCCCCCUUUCCUCUUUGGAGCCUGUUCGGUCCUGCUGGCUCUGCUCGUUGCCUUGUUUAUUCCGGAACACACUAAUUUAAGUUUAAGGUCCAGCAGCUGGAGGAAGCACUGUGGCGGUCACAGCCAUCCUCACAGCACACAAGCGCCAGGAGAGGCCAAAGAACCUUUACUCCAGGACACGAACGUGUGACGGAAAUCAGGAAGACUUCCCUCUCAGCACCCAGGUCUUAGUUUUCCCUGUAGUUCCGGAUAUACAUUCCAUUUCCAUCUGCAGUGUAUGUUAAGAUUGUCUAAGAAAUACCUGCAUGAACGCCGUGGGAACUAAAGAACGGACCGGACAGUUUUCCAAAGAUGUUACACUUUCUUUCAAAAAGAAACCUUUUGUUUAUAUUAGCACCACUCUCUUGCCACUAAACUGUUUUAUUACACAUCUUUAAUUAAAGCUAUCUAUGUAACUCCGCUGUGGCGCGUCUGCCCUUUCCUUAGGUGUUGAGCCUUCACCUGCUCGUGCUGACUCGGUCACACCGUGGGCAGGUGGUCAUGGUUGGUCAUGGACCUGUUUGCUUUAACAUUGGAAAACCUGAGUCAUUGUAAAAUCUUGGGUCAAAUAAUUCAAAGCCUUAAUGCAGAUGCACUAGAAAAGAAAUGGUAAAGAAUCGUUUGCAUUUUAAAAGAACUUGUGAAAAUUGUAGAAAAUCCGAAUCAUGUUUCAAGCUUUUUUGCCAUAAUUUUAUUUAAAACAUUAUUCACUACUGUUCUGAGGUAUGAAAACAUCAGCCACUUCUUAGAAUGUAGACUGGGUGGCCAGAGACCAGCCAUCUGUGCUCCGGCUCGGCGUGUCUGCAUUUGUUCUGCUUCUUACACCACUGUUCUUUUGAUAUUUGCAUAAUCAUAAGGACCUCAACACUUGAAUACAUAAUCUAAAAAUUAUAUAGUAAAGCUGGUAGCCUUGAAAAUGUCAAUGUGAUAUCUAUAUGUAGAUAAAUAUAUAUAGUGGCCUUUCAGGACUGUCACAGUAACACUUUAUUUACAGAGCUAAUGUUUGUCCUAAAUUUUCAGGACCUUAGAAGAGAGCUUUAUACAAUUACUGAUGUGAAUUUCUCUAAAGUGUAUAUUUUUGUGUCCAGUUAUAUUAUUUAAAAAAGUGUUACUUUGUAAAAAAUGUACAUAAAGUAUUGUAUAGUUUACACUGUUUUCAUCUUGUGUGUGGUUACUGCCUAAUGCUUUUUAAACUUGGAGCAUUCACUAUGAUUAAAUAAGGUCUCAAAUGUAAAUAUUCUGUUAAUAAAAUUAAAUAUUUUAA